AUGGCAGUGCCCGCCAGUGAAAAUCAGCCGAGUGACGACGAGGCCUCAGAAGCAUCUAGGGAGGAUGAGCAAAAUGCAGAAACCCCUCCAGCAAGCGGUACCUACUGCAACUCAGACUCGGAAGACUCUGCACCAGCGACCAAAAGAGAUAUAAGAAACCUGCUGCUGGAGAUGAGACAGGUGUGGAAAGCAGACCUGCUAAUAACGCAGACUGAGAUGGGGACUUACAGAAGUGGAGUCCAGAGAUGGAGCCAGGGAACAAUGGCUACAGACCGUGCAAGAAGAGAUACAAGACCUCGCCCAACAGGUCUAGAAACUUACCAAAUCAAUAAUGGUACUAGAAUCGAGACACAGACGGAGGAACAUCCACCUCAGAGGGGUGCCGGAGGUGUUGAGCAGGUACUUCAGAAAGCCCUCAUCAAGGCUCUGGAUAUUUACAACAAGGAAGACAACAAGACAGAUGAAUACUACAUUCAGGACACCACCCAGAAUAGCAUUAUCUUCGGUCAGACUCCCUGCUUUAUUUCCGGCUUGCAGCAGUGGGAGCUAUGUCCGGCUUUACCUUCUAAACUUAGCCCUCGGUGCACAGGAUUCAUAAAAUGGCUAAAAGAUCACCGACUUCCGUUCUUCUACCAUUCUGACCUUUGCUUGCACUACCUGCUCUGCCAGGAGCUACUGCAAAAUGGGAGAGAGGGACAGACCUUCCAUCAAAAUGAAACCUCUUCCAAAGGUGAAGAGUUGGCCUGUUUUUGGCUACAUGCAGAGCGGAUUUUGGGUAUAGAUGAAAAUGACGAAACUCAGAAAGCCUUAUACCUGUCCCUUAUCAGAGUAUUAAAGGUUACUCAUCUGCGUGCCGGUUCUGCUGUAAUGGAAUCUUGCAGCAUUAGCAGUGAGUCAGUCGCCCAGUUAAAACACUGGCAUCCACCAGGACGACCGCGAGAUGUACUGAAUUCAUUGCAGACUGAGGCUCUUGAAAAACUACACAAGUAUUGGGUGCCAGGAUUUCUUUCACACUGUCAAGUUUGCCUGUCUAGGUUUCCUGAGGGAUCUAUUCUGCUGGAAAUACGGCAGCAAAGCACAACAGUGAGAGACUUUUCUGAUCCUCUUCCUAUGAGUAUCAAAAAGCAAGAAAAGCCACCUGCAAUUUACUCCAGUGAGGUUAACAAAAGGAGGCAGUGGCAUCUCCUGACUUUUGGUAUUGGAACCAAUUAUGAUAGUUAUCUUGAAACACAUGCAACCUGCCAACUGAACCUCAAAGAGAGCAAUUGUAUGAAUUCUUCUGUUAACCAAAAAGUUGGAUGUCCAAAUGUCCUUGUUCCAACAUCAACAAGGACAGAAUCUUCCUUUAUUGUUCAACCACUGCCCAAAAACAUGCAGGAUCCAUGUGGUGUACACAAGAUUCUUCUUCCCCAUCCACAGGAUACUCCCAUCACGUGUCAGUUUUUGUCCUCAGGGUUAGAUUUGAGAAAUACUGAACUCAUCUCUGACUGGUUGCAUUGGGCUCUAAGUGCAGAGGAGUAUGCAUCUGCUCCUUUUCAUGCAUUCUUGAUAAAAAAGGGUGAACACAAAGGUGUCAGACUGGUCAGUCUGUGGAAGGAACUGAGAGUAAUCCUAUGGGCACUGCUUCGUAAGGAUAGUAUGGUGCUUUGCCGUGUGUUAAGUCACCAGUUGUGCCAAAAUUAUCUGCAGGAAGAGAAAGACAAGUUCAGUAAAACUUCAUCCAAAACAGAUUCCUGCCCAUCACAACUUAUUGCCAGGCGUCUUAGGCAGCUGCUGCCUUUCCAAGAUGCUCUACCAUGGGUCCUGCAGGCACAAACUCAGGUCUGCCAGAGUCUAUGUUCCCUUUAUAAGCAAUUUCUUGAUGAAGAAGACCGAAUUUUCCUGCAGUUUGUGAGUUCUAAAUUCCUAGAAGUCAACCCCGACAGGUCGGUAAACUCCCACACAGGGGAGAUCUGCAUUAAUAGGAUCCAAAGGAUAAAGACAGCUCUGGCUUUGGCUCAGGCGUGUGCACAUGGUGAGGAGAUAGAGCCACUGGAUUCGGAGGCAUGGAACAUUCUGGUCACUGAAGAUCUUUCCCAGGGAGGGUCACUCAAGCCACCUCCUCAACCAGAAAUUAUUCUGAAACUAGACUUUAGUAAAAUGACCUUUGAAGAACUGGUCUUAUGGAACCCUAAACUUGCUAUUGAGAUGAUGAGUAAACAAUUUCAUUCCCUCAACUUGUACAAAUCGUCUACUGAGUUCCAAGGAAAGAGACAAUCACGUGACAUAAAACCCAAGAAGGCCAGUAUCAUGCUUCGCAAACCAUCGUACAGACCCAGGACUUUGCUAGAGGUUUUACAUGAUCCAGUGCACCUUCCAUACUUCCGUCAUUUUAUGUUAUUACAUCAAGCUUUAGGACCUUUAGAAUUCUGGCUGAUGGUGGAUGAUUUGACAUCUCUAAAAGAUCCUAAGGCCCAAAGAGCACAGAUCAAUUUGAUAAAAAGGAGUUUUUUUCAGUCAAAGAACAACCCAGGUUUAGAAGAUAUCAGAAUCUGUUUCCAGAUUUCCCUGAGAUAGAUUCUGUACAUGGCAAAAUGAAGAAACACAGAAACAGUUUUUCACUUGGCAAGACAAGAAAAGCAUGGAGCACUUUAAUCGAAUUUGUCCACGCUACAUGCAAAUUCCAUCGCGCAAUGGAUAAUCCCCUAACUAAGAGAGAAUUUGAAUAUUUCUUGCAUCUGGAGUUAUUCAGCAGUUUAGAAAAUGUUCCAGUUGGGGCUGCGCCAGCCGUUAAAGUUCCUGCUAAAACUGCAAGUGCACAACAGUCCAAAUUUCGUGUUGCAGAUGAAUCUGAAAAUUUCCCGCCAAUACGUUGUGUUGUGAUCAAUCAAUCCAUCCUGGUCAAUUACUUGAUUAGUGAUCUUUCCUUCUAUGUGGAAACCAGAAAGUAUGUGAAUUAGACAUUUCAUUGAGAAUUUGUUUUUUGUUUU